UUGGAACGUGCUGAAGUGUUGAUGUUAAAGAAAAUGGCCAAGAUACUUUUGCUACUAAGCUUCUGUGGCGUGUUGCUCUGCCUCACGAGCGCUGCCCCAGCGUACCAGGAGGACGCUUCGAACGGCGUCCAAUCGAUAGUGCCGGUGCAAGAGGGCAGCCCCGUAGUGAUCGUGGAAGAGCGUGCAGGUGAUGAUAGCGACCUGGAGGGAGCGGAAGCGGCCCACUUCGGGUACGGUGGUGGUGGCUUCGGACAUGGCGGUGGCUUCGGUGGUGGCUUUGGCCAUGGCGGAGGCUUCGGCGGUGGCUUUGGGUUCAAAAAGUUCGGCGGCUACGGCGGUGGCUUUGGGCAUCGCGGGUUCGGCGGUGGAUUCCCGGGCCACGGUGGGUUCGGAGGCGGUGGCUUCGGGGGCGGUGGGUUCGUCGUUGGCGGUGGCUUCAUCAAGGGCGGCGGAUUUUACGGCAAGAAAUAAGUUAACCGAGAGCGAGUGCAAAAUAAAGUUUAAUUAAGAAUACUA